GUCUCGUCGCGGUGUUCGCACGAAUCGGUCGUGUUAUUGUUAACGUUGAACGAGCGACUUUACUGUUUAGUGCAGGCGAACUAAGAAAGUGUGGUACGCGGUCGGCCAGCCAAGGCCAGCUACCUGCGCCGAAGUAGAUGUGAAUUGUUUACGAGUAAAAUGAGCGAUAACGAAGAUGCAAGUAAUGAGUUAAAUAAAGAUUCGAUGAAUGUGAAUUUCGAUGAGUUUGUAGAAGACGAUAAUAAGAAAAGGAUGAGAAGUAGCAGCGAUGAGGAGUGGACGGAAGUUAAACAGAAAAAGCGAAAAGAAACAGAAAAGAUUGAAUUAUACAUAUCAAACAAUGAAAAACUUCCAAAACAGUUUAAUCUGGCCAAAUUACUGAAGGAGCAAAACAUCAAUGAUAUCACACGGGUUAAAUUUAUAAAUCCGUACCGAGUGCGAAUAGAAUUAACCAGUGAGAUCAGCGCGGAAAAACUUGAAAUGUGCCAAUACUUCAUAGAUUUGGGAUGGCAAAUUCAGAGAGCUAUGGAAAAGAAUAAAUCCUAUGGGGUGAUAAGAGAUGUAGAUCUUGAUAUGUCGGAAGAGGAAAUUCUAGAAAAUAUAUCCUGUCCUGAACCAGCCAAACUUUUGUCUGUCAAUCGCUUGAAUCGAAGAAAUGUCGAAAGGGAUGGAUGGUCGCCGAGUGAAGCGGUGCGUUUAUGCUUUAAAGGGUCAUACUUACCACGUUACGUGUUUACACACGGUUUGAAAAUAGCGGUAGAACCGUAUGUCUUUCCAGUUUCGCAAUGUUCGCGCUGCUGGAAAUUCGGGCACGUUCUUAAAAGAUGUCCAAGUAAUAAAGUGGUAUGCCCAAAAUGUGGCGGAAACCAUGCUAACUGUGAAAUUUCUAAAAUGACAUGCGUUAAUUGUAAAGGACAACACAUAUCUCUGUCAAAAAGUUGCCCUUACUUUAUUAAAGAAAAGAGAUUAAGAGAACUCAUGUCGGAGUAUAACUGUACUUAUAGAAGAGCUUUAACUUUAUACGUACCGAAAAACGAAGGAAUACAUGAAGGAGAAGAAGUAAUAAAAGAAAUUCCAAUAAAUGUUUCAUCGGACAAAGAGAUAAGCCUAACUCCCACGGAAAUUACUAAUAAACAUCUAACUUACGCGGAAGUGACAACGACGGCACAAGUACAUAAACAGAAACCUAAACAAAGUUCUCAUAAAAAACAGAAUAAAUCGACAGAGGAAGAUUGGAUGAAGUGGAAUAGUUUCGAAGUAGAUCAGAAUGAAACGGAAUCACAAAACUCAUGUAAAACUGACAAAAGGCAAAAGGAUGUGAGUUUCAAAGAGUUGUUACAAAGACUGCAAGAGAUUAUAUUUAUGAAAGGAAACACUACUUCAAUGAUUUGGAAAGGAGUUAUUAAAACGUGCAUUGAAUGGGUUAUUUUAGUAGUUGUUGACAAUGUGACGGAUUGGCCUGUACUGAAAUUAAUAAUGGACUAUUUUUGUAAUGCCAGUUAACUGUAAGAAUAUUACCAAAUUAAACAUUAUUCAAUGGAACUGCCAAAGUAUCAAACCAAAAUUAAAUGAAUUUGAAAAUUUGUUAAUACAAGACAAGAUUCACAUAGCAGUAUUAAGCGAAACUUGGUUGCAAUCAGAAAUUAGCUUUAAAAUCAAAGAUUACAAUAUAUUUCGGAAAGACAGGGACGAUUCCUAUGGGGGGGUAGCAAUACUCACACAUAAAUCUAUUAGAAGUCAAAUACAUAAUGGGGUGUUAUCCCCUAACCCAGGAAUAGAAUGUUUACACGUCAAAGUUUUUAACUGUCACCAAAUUCACAAUAUUAUAUCACUAUAUUGCCCACCAACGAUAAAUAUUAGCCAAUUGGACUGGGAACAUUUAUUUUCUGGUGCAAAUGAACACACUUUGCUUUUGGGAGACUUUAAUGGGCAUCACUCCAAUUGGUCGAAUAAAACUGAUAGGAGGGGUAAUCACAUUUUUGAGGCACUGGUUGAAAACAACUUAAUUUCUUUAAAUACCGGGGAACACACACGAAUUAAAGCAGUUAACGGUAUGUUACAACAAUCGUCACCCGAUAUUUCUCUAGCGUCAUCAGAUAUAAGUUUAAAUAUCCAUUGGCAAGUUUUAAAUGAGACCUUGGGGAGUGACCAUUGUAUUAUUAAAAUGACAACAUACUUCGAGGCGAGUAAGGUUUACAUGACACGUCGGAAUUAUAAAAAAGCGGACUGGAUAGCAUAUCAGAAAUUAUUACACGAACUUUUCGAGACGUAUAAAGAACCGAGUGAUUUACAAAAAAAGUAUGAUUUAUUUGUUAGUAAUUUAGACUUAGCCGCAGAUACAUGUAUACCAUAUAUAAAAUUUAAUACGAAUCCUGAAAGUAAUUUUAGGUCUAAGCCUUAUUGGAAUUCAGACCUCUCUAAACUUGUAGCAGAAAGACGUCUAGCACUCUCCAAGUUUCGUCGAAAUCCAUCACCACAUAACCUUGAAUUAUUACAAAACAAAAUUAGUAACGCCCAAAAAGCUAUACGCAAUGCUAAAAAUCAGUCAUGGCAGACUUUUUGUUCUUCUUUGGAUCAAACUUCUACGCAUAGUGAGUUAUGGCAAAAAAUGAGAUGGAUUAAAGGAUACAAAACACCGAAAUCCUAUAUUGACACGGUUCAAGCAAACGAACUGUUAUGUAGUCUUGCACCCGAUUUCGUAUCCCGUGACGCCCCUAUACCUACGUUGACUAAUACAUCACUUGAAAUAGCUAUUACGGUUCAAGAACUAGAUAGAUGUAUAAAACAUAAAGAUACAUCGCCUGGCUGCGACAAUGUUAUCUAUUCCAUGAUAAAAUACCUACCACAGAAUGGUAAAAACAUUUUAGUAAACUUGUUUAACCUUUUUUUAUGAACUCUUUUGUACCGAAACAAUGGCGCGAAAUAAUGGUGGUUCCGAUACCUAAACCAGGACGUGACCCGAGUCUUUCAUCUUCACUCCGACCGAUAUCAAUGAUCUCGUGUAUAUGCAAAAUUUUUCAUAACAUACUAUUCAAUAGAUUAGAAUGGUUUAUAGAAAAAAAUGAGCUGUUAUCUUGUAAUACAACAGGUUUUAGAAAAACGCGGUCAACACUAGACAAUCUCACUAGGUUAGUAUCUAAAAUUCAAACCGGGUUUUCAGAUAAACAAAUGACCGUAUGUUGCUUUAUGGAUCUAGACAGUGCAUAUAAUAACGUAGAUUUACAUAGUUUAUUCAAAAUAUUGGAUCGGAUGGGGGUAGGAAUAAAAUUAAAUACUUAUUUAUGGAAUUUUUUGAAAAUUAGAAAUUUAAAAAUACAAUUGGAGCACACAUACAUUCAUAGAACUACCGGUCGCGGACUAGCACAAGGAGACCCAUUAUCUCCGUUAUUAUUUAAUAUAGUUACAGUAAACAUUUGUAAAAUCAUAAAAAACGUAUCGAUCUCACAAUUUGCAGAUGAUUUUAUUCUUUAUUAUACAACUAAAUCUAUUUUCGAGGCAAAAAAUAAGUUGCAGGUAGCUAUAAAUUUAUUCAAUGAUUUGGUGCAGGGUAUUGGUUUAAACAUUUCGAGUGAAAAGAGCAAAGUAUGUAUAUUUAAGAAUGGUUAUAAGAAAGAUAUAAUUGAUAUAAGGAUAAAUAAUAGAUCUCUGCAAGUAGUGGAUAGUUAUAAAUACUUAGGACUAUGGUUGGAUCGGUCACUGAGAUGGGCGAAACAUAUAAAUGAAAUUAAGGAAAAACUUUCUAAAUUCAUUAAUGCAUUUAAGAUGCUAAUGGGAUCAGGUUGGGGUAUUCAUCCUUCUCAUUUACGGCGACUGUACAUAGCAAUUAUCCGAAGCAGAAUUGAUUACGCCAGUUUUUUAUAUGAUAAUAGUUGUCAAACUCAUUUAAAUAAAUUAAUUAAAAUACAAAAUCAAUGUUUAAGGGUAAUAGGUGGUUUCAUUAAAAGUACGGCCAUUCAUGUAAUGGAAUGUGAACUACAUCUGCAGCCCUUGUAUAUUAGAAGAUAUUAUUUAGCUGGUAAAUAUUUUUUGAAACUUAAGUCACAAACAGACAAUUAUACUUGUGAAAUAAUAUCACAGCUCAGGCAAGUUUGUCAACGGGCGUUCUGGAGACACAAAAAGAUACCACUUAUAGUUAGCGUAUUCGAGUCACUAAAUGACAUAGCAAUGUUUUCAAACAAUCAAUUAGGUAUAUUUUCGCUUGAUACAUGGAUAAGCCGAGUGAACUUGUCUUGUACAGUUAGGCCAUUCAUUAAAAAUGUCAUCAAGUCAAAGAAAGCUUAUAAUGAGUUGCAGCUUCGGAAUUUAUCCAAUAAUUACUUUACAAAUAACUAUUCCUCAUACUAUAAGAUUUAUACGGAUGGCUCUAAAUACCAAGACAGUGUUGGAGCAGCGAUUUUUGACCCUCAAAAUAAAAUAACUAUCAAAUUGCAGUUACAUUCAAAAAUUUCGAUCAUGUAUGCUGAAUUAAUUGCUAUUGCUGAAGCCAUAGCAUAUUUAGAAUCAAUAAACUUUCAGAAUUGUGUAAUUUAUACUGAUUGUAAAAGCGCACUUCAACACUUGAUAAGAUGUACGGGCAAUUUCAGGGGUAAUCCAGUGGCUUACAAAAUAAUAAAUUUAAUUAUAAAAUUGAAAGAACAAGAUAAAAAUGUGGUAUUACAAUGGGUGCCUUCACAUAUCGGUAUUGAGGAAAAUGAAAAAGUAGAUCAACUAGCCAGGGAUGCAUGUUUGGAAGGUGUGCCAGUGGAAUAUGAACCUCAGUUGUCAGACGUUUUAUGCGAAAUUAAGGCAAGAAGCAAUGAUAUGUGGAAGGAAUACUUUGAUGAAAAGUCACUAUCCAAAGGUAUUUGGUAUCGAACAGUUCAACCGACCAUUAACAACCAUCCCUGGUUUGACAAUACCGAAAUGAACAGGCAAGAGAUCGUGACAGCCUUCAGACUUCGAUCCGGACAUAUUCCAUUGAACUGUUUUGCAGCAUUGAUGGGUAAAGUUUCAUCUCCAAACUGCACGGAAUGCAAUAAAAUUGAAGACGUUUUGCAUAUUAUGAUGGAAUGUGUCCGAAACGAAACCGAAAGAUGCAUGAUCAAUAUUGAACACUCGAUUAAUAUUAGGGAUUUAGGAAUUUGUAAUAUUAUAUUGGCUUUUCCGACAUCUAAAGCGGCUAGAUUAGUAUAUAAAUUAGUUAAUGUAGGAAUUAAACGUAGAUGUUAAUUUAACUUCAUCCUGUUUUUAAUGUAAGCAUUUUUUGUAUAGUUUAUGAAUUACAAUUAAGGUUACCUAUGAGGGUGACAUGUUCACUGCGUGAUCAAACCCUUUUCAAUAAAUAAAGAUAUAAAAAAAAAAAAA